UUAUUUAUUCUCUACAAAUAGGAAACGGAAAUUUUCAAAUAAUUUAGUUCGCAAAAACUUUCUCUUUUACAAGCAAUAUGAAGCUUGUUUAAAAAGCUUUUUCAUUGUUUUAUUUGAUUUGUGUCACAAAAUGGCCGAAGCACUAAAAGAUAUAUCCCCGCCAUGGAAUUUUUCAUGGAUAUCGGAAAAUCAAAUAGCUUGUAUGGCAUGUCCUCGUUCUGCAGCAAAUCUAGAAUAUUUGUGUUCAAAAGGUAUAUAUCACCUGGUUUCUUUGUCAGAAGAAACCCUUCCACCUAUCAACAAGCAAUCUGCGAUUGAGUGGACCAUCAUUCCAGUAGAAGAAUUUGAAGCCCCCUUAUUAGAUGACAUUAUUAAAUUUAUCGACAUCUGUAGCAAAUGCUUAUUACAAAACAAGGCUUUAGGCGUACAUUGCCGUCAAGGCCGAGGCAGAACGGGUGUUAUGGGAGCAUGCUGUUUAAUUAAAUUCCAAAAUUUAUCUCCAGAUCAGGCUAUUCUUGAUAUAAGGUUACAACGGCCAGGAUCUAUCGAGACAUAUCAACAAGAACGAGCAGUGUUUAAAUAUUAUGAUUAUCUACUCAGUACAAAAUAAAUUAAUAAAUUACUCGGUAUUAUAGUACAAAAUGAUGGCGAUUCAGACGGGUAAACUGAGAUGCGUUGGUGAAAUUUUCCUAAGCAUCACUCGAUUGGUAUUUGUGUACCUGAGUAAACAGUUUACUUGAAUCGUUAUCGACACUCAUUUCACCUGUCCCCGUUAGAAAUCGUUCUAACCACACUCCGGUAUAAUAUUUAAAUAUAUUUACCGACCAGUCGGUGCGUUUUGUUUCAAAUAAGUCUUCUUGAAAAGCCUCUUUGAUAAAGGGUAAACCUAGAAACACGUGUCAUGGGAUGGCAAGAAGCUCGAUUUGAAUCAAAACAAAACCGUAUAUUUUUACUUAAAUUAAUAAAUAUUGUCUUGCCUUAUAUUGUAAGAUGUCUAAUUAACUAUAUUUUCCGUCGACCGUCCAUUUAUGAUCAAUUUUAACAUCCUCAAAAUCAUUGAUUAAUGACCCCUAUUAAUGAAUGAUUUUCUAUUAACGAACGAUUUCAUUAUAGGCAACACAACAUACAUUGCUUGCAUAAAUUAAUUAAACGCUCUGUGAUUGGCAGUGACCUGUGGUGUAGGCAACCAAACAUAUACCGAUUUAUAUUCCCACUAAAAAAAAUUAAAAUCAAGUAGCCGCUGUUAGUACUAUCUGUCAUUGUAUGUCAUUAUUUACUUUAUUGUUUAAAAUUCUGUGUAUUUGAAAAAUCAAAAGAUGGAUAUAUCUUUAUUUCUGAAAAGUACGGUCGACGGAAAAGUUUUGUAAUGAACUCGUGAAUUAAAAUGGCGAUUAACAAUCUCGAACAUUAACGCGCUCGCCCCGCUCACGCGUUAAAAUAUCUCAAUUGUUAAUCGCCCUUAUUAAUACACUUGUUGGUUAAAUAACUAUUAUUAAUGAUUAUUUAUAUUGUCAUUCAAAUCAAAAAAAUUAUUUAAUUAAUAAAUUACUUUAUACUGUAAUAA